UACAACAUUAAGCGCACCGAAAAUUUAAAUAUUAAGAUAUUCAAAUUCAUAACGCUUUGGGAAAUAUCUCACAUUCUUUUUCCACAACGCUCAGUAUCAUUUGCAGCGUUAGGUAACCCAUAAGAAAUGAUUAAAUCAUCUAUCUUAUGUAUCUUCUACCAUGUAUUGGUACUUGGUUUGAAUUUUGCUCGCGGAGCCGAUGGGGCGAAAAAUGCAAAAUUGCAGUUCGAUCUGUCCAACAAUACUUUAUUACCCUCCGAUUGCGGCAGAGAUCCGACAGAGAUCGCGAUCGAUCCAAGGUUCUCGGAUCUGUCCGAGAGAAUCGUCGGUGGAGUACGCACGGAUAUCGGUGAAUUUCCUUGGAUAGCGCAUCUGAUAUACAGUACACCAAACGGACAGAGCGCAUCUUGCGGUGGCUCCCUCAUAAAUCAUCGUUACGUCCUAACGGCAGCUCAUUGCCUGAAGGGCACUAUUAUACCAAUCGGGUGGACUUUGUCGAAAGUUCGGUUAGGCGAGUACGACACUAAAACCAAUCCUGACUGUAUCAAGGAUGACGCGAAUAACGAGGUUUGCGCUGAUGAUGCUAUCACUGUCGGCAUCGAGAAAAAAAUCGCCCACGAAAAUUACAGUCCACCGAGCCGUGAUCAAAAAUACGAUAUUGCUCUUCUGAGGUUGGACCGUGACAUUCCGUUCACGAAUUACAUUAAACCGAUAUGCUUGCCACCCAACGACGCUAUCGGUACUAAAUUGUUUGUUGCUGGUUGGGGAAAAACCGAGAAUGCAUCUUCCUCGAAUAUCAAGUUGAAGGUUUCUGUGCCGCUCGUCGACAAGCAACAAUGCGAGCGGAAAUACAGCAGAAAAGGAGUGACGUUAGGAUUCGGACAGAUUUGUGCCGGUGGUGUGAGAGGCAAAGAUUCCUGCUCAGGAGAUUCUGGAGGUCCUUUGAUGAACGAGGAAAAAGGAAGCGAUGGUAUCGGUCGAUGGACCGCCGUCGGUGUUGUCUCCUUCGGACCAACACCUUGUGGCUUCCCAGGUUGGCCCGCUAUUUACACCAGAGUAAUUGACUUUAUUCCAUGGAUACUCAGUAAAAUGGAACCUUAAUACUUUGACACUCUGAUAAACGUUACUUUCGAACAUCAUAAAAUAACAAUUUCAUGUUAUAAGACAACAGCUUGAUGAAGAAAGAACAGUUGAUCAUGAUUGACAAAAUGUAUAAAUUUUAAUACAUCCGUUCUAUUGUAAUCGUGUCAAUAAAUACAAAUUGCAUCGUA